UUUAUUAUUUUGCAAGGGAGAGAAAUGGCACGAUCGCGUCAGUCGGGGAGAACACUUUUUUUCUUUAUUUCUCCUGAACCGAGUAAAGGGGAAAACCGACUUUAGGACCUGUUCGUUGCGCGCUGUUAGAGGCAGCGCCGUGCGCCAAGGUGGAGUCACGUGUAUUGCAGGAACCCGAAACUGAGAAGUUAACAAAGUAGGAUUGCUCUCAUUGUAGGAGAAGACGGAGAAACGGCGGCGUGCGAUAUGUACCGAAACAUGGCGUCUGUCCUCAGCACUGUCUUGCAAUGGGCUCUCAGCAUCGUCAUCCCAUGUUUUACAGCUCAGCUCUGGAGAUUCAUGAACAAACUGCUGACUGUCGUGGUGGCGCUCGCUGUUCUCCUCUCCACGAUGUGGAUAGCCAUGAACAAAGCGGAUUAUUCCCCCAUGGGCACGGACCACGAGGUUGCUGUGACAGCUAAGCAGUUGUGGAAGCCCACCAGUGUCCUCAAUAUCAUGAAGGAUGCCCUGUUGUACAUGGCUAACCUGCUGCCCUCUUACGAACCACUGACAGCUGAGAAUCUCCUAAGGCACCGUGAUCGGCUGGAUGGCAUCAACUACAUACUCCAAGCCUGUUUCAACAAGGCCAUUGAUACCUUUCUCCAGGAGCCCUGGUCUGUGCAGCAAAAUGCCCAGCUGGUUAUCCAGUGCGGCGGACCCCCCAUAGAGUUUCGGUCUGGCAAGGGGGACUGCCAGAUUUCUGUAUAUGUCCUAUACAAGCGGAUCCAGUGUGAUAUCAAAGAGCGGACGGCUGAAAUGUACCUUGCGAGGUUGGCCAUUCGCAAGGAGCCGCUGAGCGUCGGAGACCUGCUGAGAGUGAGGCAGAGCUUGCGCUCCUGGGGGGUUCUUCCCGAGGAACUAGGGCACUGCUUGGAGUUUGCAGUGGAAGAGUUUGCCAAGGAGCCGUUCUGCGUCCAGGACAAUGCCCACAUGGUUGUAGACUGCGGCGGGCAGGUGCUGAACUUUGCCUCUGGCGAAGGGGAGAAUAAGAUCAAUAUCUACGAUGUACGGGGAGGCCUCAUUCACUACCGGAUCAGGAUCUCUGGUUCCUGGACCAGCAUCGUGCGGUUCUUUCAUGGGAACAAAAAUCACGCGCAAACACAUGCGAGGAAGCCUCUGCAGUUAGAGUGAGGUGAGAGCUACGAAAGGAGCUCGCCUCUUCUCGCCUCUAAAAAGACUGGUUCACAGUUUCCCCCAAACAUGAGAGAGGCAGAACAUGUGCACAUUUUUGCAAACACUCCCCCCCCCCAUUAAAUGUGUUUUGUAUGUUGUUUUCACAAACUUGUGGAUUUUUAUGCAUGCUCAGCCAUACCUUUAUGCAUAUUUGAACAUGAUUUGAGUUGGGGAAACUGCAUUGAUAAAAUUCUGAUAAGCACUGAU